ACCCCAACCUCAGACAAAGCAAGUUGUUACGUGGAGCACAAUCCUCUUUGCGCGGGGUUACGAUCUUGGUGAUAAAAUGGAGAUCGCAGCUUGUCCGCAAGCCCCGAUUUAUGUCAUGUUAGCCUGCCGCGCCCGCCGCCGCCCGGCGAUGAGACGGACCCGCAAAAACACCCGGCCUUUCUGGACCAUCGCUCCCUCCGUCCUUCGGGCGUGGCCUUUUCUUCCUCCCUUACCACCGCCACCGCGAGCUUGCUGACAAGGUGCGAUAACUGCGGGCCACAAAAUGCCUGAACAAAGACAGCGUAGGGAGGAGGAGGCGCAAGGCUCCGGCCUCAGAGGCGUCCUCCAGGGCCUGGCUUUCUUCAUGUUAGCCAAGCUCAUCAUGAACCAGUUCAUGGGUGGUAAUCAACAGAACACUGCCUCUGUUGCCAAGCCAAGUGAUGUACCCAGUUUUGCGACUCGUCCGCCUCGCAGCCAGAUCCCCAACUACAGCCAUAUUCCUGACAUCGUUACUCCGAUCUGGCCCACCGAUAGUCCCCUUGAUCUCAACAUCUAUGUUUCUCCUUCAAUUGCUGUCCCAAACUUCAAAUCUCUUCCAUCUGGUUCACUUGUCUUGGAAGAGAGAAACUUUACGCUUGGUAACUACAGCGAUACCCGGGAAAUCGAUACCACCAUCAAGGUUCCGAAGGAAGUUCAACGUAAUGGUACACUCUGGGCACACUUCUUCGUCGGGCUGAGCGGACACCAGUUGGAUCCCACAGCAAAGGAUUAUAGCACUGAUAGUGCGGUUCACUUCUUUCGCCCUUUGAAUCAGUAUCUCCCCAAGAAGAAGGCCAAGAAGCUCAAGAGCCUUCUUGCCUCGAACGAACAAGCUGCAGAGGAAGAGGAUGACGGUACUCCAAAUGUGUCAAUUGCCUCAUUCUAUCAUCCCAACUUCACGGUCUCUUUGAUCCCCGACUCUGGGGCUCAGAAGUAUCGACAAGUCCAUCCUGCUAUCAGACACCACAUGCAGCUGGAAUCCAGCGGCGCGAGGGAUGCCACUGGGCAAAAUGGAUGGUACUAUCCAAUUGUUUUUCUCAACACGUUUUGGCAACUCAAGACCCACAUGAUGGAACUCAACUCAACUGUUGACACUGUCCCUCUGCGCAUCACCCUUAACAAUUUACAAAAUUGGAAGUUCAACAUGAUGGCGAGUCUUGAUGCAAAUGCCAAGGAGACCGCCAGACAGGCUGCCUUUGGGAAUGCUGCCCCGGGCGGAGGCGAUGGCUCCGAGUUCGAAAUGAUCAAGGAAGUAUUAUUGGAUACGAACAUCUGGUUAUUGGGAACCACAGGUGUGGUCACCAUUCUUCACAUGGUUUUUGAGACCCUCGCAUUCAAGAACGAUAUUUCUCAUUGGCGUAAGAAGAAGGAUGUCGUUGGAACCUCCGUUCGCACCAUCCUGGCCAAUGUUUUCAUGCAAGCUGUCAUCUUCCUCUACCUGAUGGAUAACAGUGAGAAUACAUCCUGGAUGAUUCUUGCUAGCCAGGGAUUCGGUAUUUUGCUUGAAGCGUGGAAGAUCACGAAGACUGUAGAUGUGCGCCUGCGUCCGCCCCCUGCCGGAUCCUUCCUCUCCUUCCUGCCUUAUGUGAUUGUCUUCGAGGACAAGCAUAAGCUCAGCGAAACAGAGCAGAAGACGAAGGAAUACGAUGAGAUUGCGUUCCGUUACCUGUACAUCGUCGCUGUGCCUCUUCUCGCAGCUUACGCAGCUUACAGCCUCAUCUACAACACGCACAAGUCAUGGUAUUCCUACGUGAUUGAGACACUUGUUGGAAGUGUCUACGCCUACGGCUUCCUGAUGAUGGUCCCUAGUUUGUAUAUCAACUACCGACUGAAGUCUGUCGCUCACAUGCCCGGCAAGGCGUUGAUGUACAAGUUCCUCAAUACCUUCAUUGAUGAUCUUUUCGCAUUUACCGUCAAGAUGCCCUGGCUUCACAGACUUGCCACGCUCAGAGAUGACGUCAUCUUCUUUGUCUGGCUCUACCAGGGCUGGAAGUACAAGGUCGACUACACCCGUGUCAAUGAGUUCGGCCAGGGAGGAGACAGUGACGAUGAGGACGAAGCUAUUCCAGGUGAAAAGAACAAGGUCGAGAUGUCAACUAACCCAGCUGAAAAGGCCAAGGUCGAGGCGUCAGCGACCGCAUCUAGCAAUGGAAAAUCUAAGGAGGCGGCCAGGAAAAGGAAGUAGGGCAAUGCUUUUCAUGACUCUGUGGCUGUUGUAAUGCCAAGAAUUUCGCGAGGAAAAAGUCAGACACAUUGCGGGGAACUCGAUCAUGGUUAACAUGUCUUCAGUAAACUCUAGAC